CGCCUCCUCUCCGCUCGCUGCGGAGGACAGAGGACAGAAUCACAGCGGAAUCUUCUGCAAGGGGACACGGGGAAGGGCUAUAGAGAGGAGUUGAAACCUACCAGUGCUGCUGAGUCCCUUGGGAUAUCCGUCCAGGUUUUUCCUGCUCCUAUGAGGACUCGUCCAGGAUCAAUUACCACUCACUGAUCACCACACUGUAGAGGCUGCUAUGUCUGAACCCACGGAUCUUUCAGCAGCCAUGGCCCAACAGAGCGCUGAGCUGUCCCACUGCUAGGCGACGGGGCAUCCGAGAGGGCAGAAGACAUGUUGGGACAGAGGCCCGGGGACCACUGCACUGAAUUCUGUUACUAUAGCAACUACUGUAGUAACCAUGGAAACGCUAUGGAGGACUGGUCUUGUCUGCACUGUCAUCGUCAUCAUGGUUGCCACAGAGGUCGAAGGAGGUCACAGAGAUGAGUUUGUCCAGUCACAAGCUGCUUUCCUGUCCAGUCUAGGCCAGUAUGAGAUUGCCAUCCCAGUACGUGUAGGACCUAAUGGCCAGGCGCUGGAUGCAGAAAUGUCGCAACACCACAGAUGGAAACGCAGCACUGAAGAAAGACUGCCUGACUCUCUCUUCUACCAGCUGUCCACGUCACGUAACAACUUCCUGCUGAACCUAACGCUGCAGGGAGGCCUGCUGUCCCGGCAGUUCAGAGUGGAAUACUGGAAGAAAGGCCGAUUGGCCUGGAGUCAUCCUUAUUCUCCCCACUGCCACUAUGUUGGACACCUCCAAGAUCAGCCGCACUCCAGCAAAGUGGCCCUGAGCAACUGUAACGGCCUGCAGGGGGUGAUUGUUGCAGGGGGAGAGGAGUACCUGAUUGAACCCCUUGUCUCACCAGAUAACCAGACCAGGCAGGAGAGGGGGGAGAGAGCAGAGGGGCGCCCCCAUGUGGUUUACAAGCGGUCGUCGCUCCGCCAUCAGUACAAGGGCCAAUCCUGUGGAGUCAUUGACGAGAAGCCGAUGAAAGGCGCGUCAUGGUGGCAACGAACUCUGAAGACGCCUCCUCAUCAUGUCGGGCGCGGCCAGCUGCCUCUGAAGCGCUCAGUUAGCCGGGAGCGCUACGUGGAGACGCUGGUGGUAGCCGACAAGAUGAUGGUGGGUUACCAUGGUCGCAGGGACAUCGAGCAGUACAUCCUGGCUGUCAUGAAUAUUGUUGCCAAACUGUUCCAGGAUUCUAGCCUGGGGAAUGCAGUCAACAUUGUGGUUACACGGCUCAUCCUGCUAAUGGAAGACCAGCCAACACUAGAGAUCAACCACCAUGCAGGGAAGUCUUUAGACAGCUUCUGUAAGUGGCAGAAAAACAUCCAGCACCGCAGCAGCUAUGGCAACGCCAUACCAGAUAACGGGAUCGCUCACCAUGACACUGCUGUGCUUAUUACCAGAUACGACAUCUGCAUUCAAAAGAACAAGCCCUGUGAAACUCUAGGUCUGGCUCCUGUAGGAGGGAUGUGUGAGCCAGAGAGGAGCUGCAGUAUCAAUGAGGACAUCGGCCUGGGAACAGCCUUCACUAUCGCCCACGAGAUAGGACACACGUUUGGGAUGAACCAUGACGGGAUGGGGAACGCCUGCGGGCCCCGCAGCCAGGAGACCGCCAAGCUGAUGGCUGACCACAUCACCAUGAAGACUAACCCAUUCAUCUGGUCCGCCUGUAGCCGGGAUUACAUCACCAGCUUCCUGGACUCAGGUAUGGGCUCCUGCCUGAACAACAUCCCUCCCAAGCAGGAGUUUGUGUACCCCACCACAGCGCCGGGUCAGGCCUACGACGCAGACGAACAGUGCCGCUUCCAGUACGGCGUUAGAUCUCGACAAUGUAAAUAUGCGGAAGUCUGCAGUGAACUUUGGUGCAUGAGCAAGAGCAACCGUUGUAUCACCAGCAGCAUUCCCGCUGCAGAGGGAACCAUCUGUCAGACCAACACCAUAGAGAAAGGGUGGUGCUAUAAGAGGGUGUGUGUGGUGUACGGGACUCGUCCGGAGGGCGUGGAUGGAGGCUGGGGUCUGUGGUCACCCUGGGAGGAGUGCAGCAGGACUUGUGGAGGAGGAGUCUCCUCGUCUAUCAGACACUGUGACAGCCCCAGGCCAACUAUUGGUGGAAAGUAUUGUUUGGGGGAGAGAAAGCGCUUCAGGUCCUGCAAUAUUGAUGAUUGCCCUGCAGGCUCUCGGGAUUUCCGGGAGAUUCAGUGCUCUGAUUUCAACAGCGUUCCUUUCCGGGGAAAGUUUUACACCUGGAAGCCAUACAGAGGAGGUGGGGUGAAGCCCUGUUCUCUCAACUGCCUGGCAGAAGGAUACAACUUCUACACAGAGCGUUCUCCAGCCGUGGUAGAUGGCACACCUUGCCGAGAUGACUCUCUGGAUGUGUGUGUAAAUGGAGAGUGUAAGCACGUAGGCUGUGAUCGAGUCCUUGGCUCAGACGUUCGCGAGGACCGCUGCCGGAUUUGUGGGGGUGACGGGAGCAGGUGUAUGUCUGUGGAGGGACUCUUCAAUGACUCGCUGCCCGAAGGAGGUUAUGAAGAAGUGGUCAGAAUUCCUAAAGGAUCAGUGUUCAUCCACAUACAAGAGCUCAACAUCUCCCUCAACUACCUGGUGCUGAAGAGUAAAGGGGACCAGUACUUUAUCAAUGGGAAGCUGACCAUUGACACACCACGCAGGUUCGAUGUUGCCGGUACCACCUUCCACUACAGGCGGCCCACUGAUGGACCAGAAACUCUUGAAGCUCUGGGGCCAACAAACAUAACCCUGACGGUCAUGGUGCUUGUGCGGGAGGAGAACCCAGGGAUCCACUAUCGCUUCAACCCCCCACUGAACAGGGAACCUCUGACUGGCUUUGCCUGGCACUACAACUCCUGGUCACGCUGCUCAGCUCUCUGCGCUGGAGGUGUGCAGACACAGCAGGUGGUGUGUAGGAAGCAGGCCGAUCAUUCAGUCGUCUACAACCACUUCUGUGACAAGAAGAACAAACCCAAAGAGAAGAGGAGAACCUGCAAUACUGAGCCGUGCUCUCCGUCCUGGUGGACAGGAGAGUGGUCAGAGUGCAGUCGCAGCUGUAACGGUGGCCUUCGGACACGGGAGGUGUUAUGUAAAAGGAGGAUCUCUGUGACGGAGGAGAAGGUCCUGGACGACUCAGCGUGUAUAACCCAACGCCCUUCCCCCACUGAGCCCUGCAGCAACCACAGCUGCCCCCCUGAGUGGCUGGCCCUGGACUGGUCCGAGUGUACGCCCAGCUGUGGUCCUGGCUACAGGCACCGUGUGGUCUUGUGUAAGAGCGGGGAGAGCGGUGAUAACCUGCCAGAGUCCAAGUGCCCUAAACAUGGCCGGCCCACCUCCAGGGUACGCUGUAACCUGCAGCGCUGCCCUCCCCCUCAGUGGGUGACGGGUCCCUGGGGAGAGUGUUCUGCCAGGUGUGGUCUGGGUCAGGAGAUGCGUUCGGUGCAGUGUCUGACCCCCUCCCGCCAGCCGUCCAAUGAGUGUCUUGAACAUCAGCGGCCAGCAGGCAUGCAGCAGUGCAAGAGCAAAUGUGACCUCAAUCUGCCCAUCAGUACAGACAACCCCGAAGGCCAAAUGCCGGGAGGAUUUAUGUCAUUCCAUACAAGUCGUAUAAGUCUGAACAAUAAAGAGUGUAAAGAUGUGAACACUGUGGCCUACUGCCCCCUGGUGCUCAGGUUCAAGUUCUGCAGCAGGCCAUAUUUCAGACAAAUGUGCUGCAAGACCUGCCAGGGACACUGACCUGACACCGUGAAGCUCACAGCAUCCACUCUCUGGGUCCUGUACACACUCACAGUAAGCCUGAAACCCUCCCACUGAGCCUUGUAACAGCAGCCCUCACACUACCUCUAUCAGAGGAGUGAGAGAUCGAGCUGGAAUGCUGUCGGACUGACACCUGGUCCUGUUACUGUUAAAGAGGGACCUUUUUUCCAGCCAGAAUCCAGCACAAACCAGACGCCUCUCCGGGCCGAGCUGGGCCAUAACAGCCUGAGCUGAGUUUUACAUUCCACUGGAGGGAGGGCUGCAGAAACCUGGAGAGGCAGAGAGAGGGAGAGCGCAACUUCCCUCCAUCGCCUGUCUUUCUAAUGAUCCCUCUGUUGUAAUAUUUUGGUGCUACUAUAUUUCUCUUUGGCCGCAGGGCUGGUCGCAGUACUCUCUUAAACCUGUAUGUUAACAGGUGACAUUUGUUUAGUUACGAAUUUAAAAAAUCCACUUUGUAAAGAAAAUAGAUUUGCCAGAUAUCUUCGCCCAUGAAAAGGAAUAUCUUAUGCUAUAAAAUGAAAGUUUUGUUUCUAUGUUAUCUAAUAGUUGUUACUUGACCACAUUGUUUUUAUGCCAUUGCUUCGUUCCGUAUCAACAUAUUCAUCAAGUCCUCGCUGUUAUUCAGCUGAAGUAUGAGCAGAGUUUGAUUUGCACAAAGUGUCAGCAGUCAGAGGUCUUGUGUAUUUUAUGUUUGUUUUGAUUUGACUUGAUCUCUCUAUGGAAGCUAUAAAUGUGUCACUGCAGUGAACCUGCCGUAGUCUUGCCAUUUUGGUUAGUUUGCUUAAAUGUUAUCACCUCUACAGUAAAACAGAGCUUCAAGCUGCACAGGACACAUAGAGACACUUAGUGAUGUGAGCAAAGCCAGUGCUGACCACCAACCAGGACAUUUUUAGAUUAUAGGAUUUUUUUUUUGUGUCUGCGGCAGCUCGGCUCAGUGUCAUUAUCUGAAAAUCCCUCAGUGUAGGGCCUUGCUGUUCAUUUUUAUUUUUUUAUUUUUGACACGUUACCACUCAAUCGACAGUGCUAGUAACUUUUACUGUGAGUGGAAACCCCGAGCACAGUGAGACACAGUUGAGUCAGCUCUGCCAGCAGGAACAGGCCCAGUGAGGAGGAGUGAAGACAUUUGACCACACUGCUUUCAAACAGCAUUUUAUAGUAUGAGUGCUAAUCUGAGGAUGGAUUUACACACCCAUAAAAUAUCUGAUUUCUUUGUGGCAAUGAUCUGAUGUAUCUGAUGUAGUCGGAAACCAUCAUUAAGCCUGCUGUGGAAAGAUUUCUGCCACAGAUUAUUCUAAACUAGAGAAUUAUCAUUUAAACUAAUCUUCCAGUGUGAUAAUAGCUGAUUUUUUUGACCAUGUGGGGGCAGUAGAAAUAAGUUGUUUUAAAUUGUUGAGUUGUUGAACUUGUUAGCAAACAAUUGCCUAUUUACACAUCCCGCUGUUACAGAGCAACGUUCAUUUGGAGUCAUGUUUGUGUCCACCUGAUGAAUAUAAGUCAAUAUUCACUCUCUUUGAGCUCUGUUUUGGUCUCUACCAACUCCUGAUGGAAAUAUCUGCCAUUUCCUGCUAAGCAGGUAGUGUACAGUGAUUUUUCUUAGAGGUUUUUCAUUGAAAACAGCUGCCUGCUGCAGCUGAAAAUUACUGAAUGAGAGCAAUGAGAGUGAACCAAAAACUGUAAAGUCGUGGGCUGAACAGCUAAACAAUAGUUUAAACUAUAGUUGCUUAAUUGAAUCGACACAGUCAGUGUAAAGCUGUGCGCUGAAUUCUCAAAAAGCCCAAAACCACUGUGCAAAUAAAUGUCAGCUAUUGUCCUUCUAAAGAUAGUGAUGGGAUUAUGUCACCCUAAAGGUCACAGAUUCCCAGCUGUUGUGCAUUUGUGUAGCGCUGAUUUCAUUGAAGAUUUUUUUAUUGACACAGAAAAAAAAAAAAAAAGCAGUUUCAGCUGUUUCUCCAUCCUGAAUACUUUUCGACACAAGAGAUUAGUCAUCACUGUGACGUCCACUGUGCUCUGCUGUGGCCGGUGUCUUCACAAACGUUCACACUGAUCACCGCUGAAAGCAGCUCUGUGUAACACUACAUGUCACAUCAUUUCAUUGUAAAGAGACAAAGCUACAGUUUGUCUUUAUGGGGAUUAGCUGCAAUGUUCUUUCUUUUGUUUUGUUUUAUUGUGGUGCUUUGGUUUGGAUUGGUGCUAUUAGUUCACUGUUGUUGUAAUUGUUAUCAUUUUAACAAUUGUGCUUUUAAUUAUUCAGAAAUCAAUUUGAGCCUGUUGUAACAAUACCAAUCUGCAGAGCUGGUCCCCUCACCCACCAGCCAUCCUCUUUGGGUUCCUUUGUUCAUUUCUAUCAGAAUAUAAGCUUUUAAUGUACACUCCCUGACUUGGUUAACAUGGCCAGUAGUGCCUCAAAAUCACAAUGCAAAUUGUAGAAUUAUUUCAAAUACCGUAGCAAAUUCUGAAAGGGCACGGUACAGAUAUUGGCAUUUCCCAGCGCUCUAAACAUCUUAACAAUUUUAGGACAAUAAAAAUAACUUAUUUGGGCGGCAUAAACAAACCUUUAGGUUUUGGGAACGCCUUAACAAAUGUUUGGUACUCGGAUGGUGUGUAGGGCUCAAAAAAGUCAAACAGUCUUGGGGUAUAGAAACGUAAACGUGGGGCAUAGAGACAUUAUUUAAUUUAAAGUUUUUGUGCGGAUCAUUUGUAUGCCAUCGGUGUACAGCUAACUUCACCCCCACAGUUUUCAUUAUUGAACACACAAUUUGUAUCAUUUAUCAAUUGCACACAAAGUUUCAGAAGAUAGUUCUUGUUUUAGUCUCUGAAAGGCGUUUUAUUUUCUCUGUAUCUACCUGUGCCUAUAAUAAAGGUUCACACUGAGAAGUGAGCCUGUUUUAUCUGAGUAAAUAAGAGGGACAGUACCGGUAAUUGUUGUUUUGUUUUGUCACAUGAUAAUUAUAACAUGACAUGUACUGUAUGUUGUUCAAUACUAUAGAAAAUGAAUCUGUUUGUCCCCCAUGUACAUCUUUUUAAAAGGAAAUAUUAAAUUGAUUAAA